AUGGCUCGUACAAAGCAGACUGCCUGCAAAUUUACCGGUGGUAAAGCACCCAGGAAGCAAUUGGCUACAAAAGCCACUCGCAAGAGUGCGCCCUCUACUGGAGGGGUGAAGAAACCUCAUCGUUACAGGCCUGGUACCGUGGCAGUCCGUGAAAUUAGACGUUAUCAGAAGUCCACUGAACUUCUGAUUGGCAAACUUCCCUUCCAGCGUCUGGUGCGAGAAAUUGCUCAGGAUGUCAAAACAGAUCUGCGCUUUCAGAGUGCAGCUAUUGGUGCUUUGCAGGAGGCAAGUGAGGCCUAUCUGGUUGGCCUUUUUGAAGAUACCAACCUGUGUGCUAUCCAUGCCAAACGUGUAUCAAUUAUGCCAAAAGACAUCCAGCUAGCACGCCGCAUACGUGGAGAACGUGCUUAAGAAUCCACUAUGAUGGGAAACAUUUCAUUCUUUAAAAAAAAAAAAAAAAAAUUCUCUUCUUCCUGUUAUUGGUAGUUCUGAAUGUUAGUUAUUUUUUUUUCCAUGGGGUCAAAAGGUACCUAAGUAUAUGAUUGCAAGUGGAAAAAUAGGGGACAGAAAUCAGGUAUUGGCAGUUUUUCCAUUUUCAUUUGUGCGUGAAUUUUUAAUAUAAAUGCGGGGACA